AUGGCUUCAUUGAUCAAUAAGGAACUUUCUCACAUAUGUGACACAGUUAAUAAUACGGACUCGUACCGCAUAUUAAGGGGCCGGGUGAAUGGUGUAGGAUAUUCCUCGGAUACACGACUGAUGCCCUACUUAGACCUAGUUGGAUUCAGGUCAGCAGCAUUGACCCGGACGUUCGAUUUGCGGUACAAUUUAAUAUCCGCAUUGGUCGAGCGUUGGCGACCGGAGACCCACACUUUUCAUUUGCCGUGUGGGGAGUGCACAGUCACUCUGGAGGAUGUUGCAUUACAGUUUGGGCUCCCAAUUGACGGGGAUGCAAUCACGGGCAUAAGUGCGAUAGCUGAGCCGACUGCACUUUGUUAUAGCCUACUAAGAGCCUCACCCGGCGAUGUUGAGUCUACUUUUUCGGAGCUAAAAUUUACAUGGCUAAAAGCCAAUUUUCAGCAUUUAUCAAAUAAUGCCACCGAGGAAGAGUUGGUGUGCGUAGCUCGAACGUACAUUAUGCAUAUCAUAGGGGGUGUACUGAUGCCCAAUUCGAACAACAACACGGUUCAUCUCCAGUAUUUACCUCUGUUAGCUGAUCUGCGUAGUGUUCGCUCCUAUAGUUGGGGUUCCGCAGUUCUGGGUAUGUUGUAUCGUGAGCUUUGUCGGACGACAAAGCCUGAUGCUGUAGACAUGGGCGGAUGCCUUAUAUUGUUGCAAUCAUGGGCUCUUUAUCGGAUGCCAUUCUUGGCAUCGGUUAGUCACCAGCCAUACGUAUAUCCGCUAGUUAACAGAUGGAGUAUUUAUCCGGGUAUCGGGAGGUCGUACACUGUCCCGAUAUAUCGUCUGAUGAUUGAACAACAUGUCGGGGAAGGGUUUAUAUGGAUGCCAUACCGUAGACCAGAAAUUGCGGCUAUUAUACCCUCGUCUGCCUAUGUUGAUUUUCAUUUGUGGUGCACUAACGCACCAAUUAUCAGUUUCAAUGUGGGGGAGGAGGUUCACGGGAAGAACAAGAGAGGGAGACAUGGACAGCAUUGGGGGGUUACGCACCGGAGAUAUAUUGCGGUGUGA